CUGCCAUUAAAGCAAGCAAACAGUUACCUGCCUAAUCUCUUCAAAGCCCCAACCACCAUUCUUGAAUCUCUACAAAAUGGUCAACUGCCCAUGAGUACACAUGGAGUAUACAAAACAGGUCAAAGGACAAGCAAAAAGAAGAAAAGGAAAAGAGAGAGCAAACACCAACCACCCAUAGUUGUGAAAGGCGUGCCUAGGCUUCAGGUGAUGCAACGCAACCCUUCGGCGUGCAAGGCGCUCGCCUCUGGCAAGGCACGACGCAGUCCACAACAAGAAGAAAUUUUGAGUUGUCAAAGGUAUUGUACAUAUUGCAAAAAUCCCAUAGAGGUUCUGAUGUUGGUGAAAGGGAGGAAAGUUUCUGGGAGGGGGGAAGCAAUGGCUGCACACUAUGCUUUUGGUCCAGAGGAUGAUACAAUCAUAAAACAUAGGCUUCUAACUCGCACAACAACUACAAGGGGUGAACCCCCAUUGAAGAAACUUCAGAAGAAGUUCACCUCUUUCACCCUGGAGAUUGAGAAGGAUACAGACAACUUUAGUGACUGUGAGAGACUUUCCAAAGCCUUCUUACAGGAGAUGACCACUUUUGAGAUUCCACUCCUUAAGAGUAAAGCUGUUAUUGAUGCAAACCUUAGAGAGAAGGAGAACUUCAAUGAGUUAAAAGAUGACAUAAACAGGAUGAUUCUCCAAGCUCAGGCUGAUAUAGAAGAUCUGAAGAAACAACUUGAAGAAAGUAAGAUUGAAAGGCAGCACAAGGAGGAGUGUGAGGCAAUUAGGAGAUUGAUUGCCAUGCAGCCUCCAAGAUCAGAGACAGAAAAGAUCAUAUCCGAACUAGAGAAUGAGAUUGCAGCAUUGGAAGCAGAGAAUACUGCUGGUUCAAGAACCCUAGAGCUUCGCAAGAAACAGUUUGCUCUUUUGUUGCAUGUGGUUGAUGAGUUGCAGAAUACCAUAGAGGAAGAACAGAAGAAUCUGAUCGAGGAGAUAAGAAGUCUAACCGAAGAGCAUAAGAAUGGGAUGGAGGAUGGCAAUGGGGUUUCUGAAGCUAUGGCUGUUGAUUAGGAUGCAUCUUUCUUUCUAUCUGUCUUGAAAUUGUGAGAUUGUGUACCCUUUUAACCCUUGUUUUGUUCAUGCUUGAGUUUCCCAUUGAUGCUCAGAAAUGGCAUUUAUACACAUUUUUGGAUUCAGUUCAGUUGCAAUGUUACCUAUCAGAUACCCUUUUAUGAAGCAUUAUCCCAACUUUUGAAUCUUAAAA